UUCGCUUAGAACUCAUCUCAUCUUGCAAGAGUACACACUUCCAUAAAACACACACAAUGGUAGGCACAAAGCUAGUAGCCCUCGGCUAUGUUGUCCUCUUGAGCAUUGGACUGGCCAAUGCUGCAAGGGUGGUUAGAUUCGGCAGUGGAAGCGCCACGGGAACGGGGGCGGGAGGAGGAGAGGGUGGGGGAACUGUAAGUGGUGGUGGCUCGGGUGCUGGGAGUGGAACUGGGUCUGGCGUGAGUUCUAGUAGUGGUAGCCAUGCAAGCGGUGGAGGUGGAGGUGGCGGCGGAGGCGGUGGCCAAGAUGGUGGAACUGGAUAUGGUAGCGGGUCCGGCUCUGGCUCUGGUUCCAGUCAAUAUAGUCAAGGAUCUUCAUAUCCUUAUGGUGGUGGCUAUGGUGGAGUUCCAAGGCUACGAACCCCCAUCAUGAGACCACACCCCAAUAUCCUUCACAUCCUCGGUCACCGACACAUUGCUUUGAGAGAGUGGUGAUCAUCACAAUCCGUACUAGGUCACACCUAUCAUGACUUUGUGCCAUGAAGUCACGAACGGUGGGAAGGUGCAUGGUCUAAUUUUCUUUUAUUCAUAUUUUUAUUGCACAUUCAUUUUUUUGUAUGAUCCACUUGUUAGAUUAGAAACUUAGCUUUAGAACUUUGGCUCACUUAUAUCGAUCACAAUGGCAGAAAUUGUUAUUCCAAUGUUGUGCUUUCAAUUUUUUUAAUGUCGACAUAUGUUUUAAAGUUAUGGUUGUCCAAAGUUCCUUUUUGGGGUCAAAGUCGUUACUUAUUUUUAUUAAGCCAUGUAUUAAUUUUUUUUGAAAGCGUGCUCGGUUUUUGACA